CAUGGCGGCGGACUACCAACAAGGAGACAGCAGCUAGUAACUGCGACUGGCAGCGCGCCGGGAGCUCAACGACAGAUAUAUUUAACCGUUAGUUUUUAGAUUUGUCUCGCUGAUAUUUCGCAUGAAGCAGUUUCCCUCUUGUUUCAGCCACAGGGACCGCGGUGAUGGAAGACGAGGAGAGGCAAAAGAAGCUGGAGGCCGGCAAAGCAAAGCUGGCUGAGUACCGUCAGAGAAAAGCUCACGCGGACUCCCAGAAGAAACAGAAAAAGAAGAAGAAAAAGAAGCCAGGCGAGGAAUCUGAGGGGGACUCGCAGGGAAGGGUGGAGGUCGAGCAGCCUGUGGGAGGAGAGGAGGUCUCAGGCGGAGCACGAGAUGGAUCACAAGAAGGAAAUAAAGACCCACCCACCACAGAGUUCAGCUUCGCCAGGACGCUGCGGAGUGGAGAGACUGUCAAGCAUGACCAGACCUACACCAUAGAGCCGGAGAGUGAAGUGUCCACUACUGCUGAAGAUUAUUCCUCAGAGGUAAAUGGGUGCCAUGAUGAGAUGACAGAGAACCUAAUGAUGCCUUCAAAGGAUUUUAUCUGGGAGGAGGUGGAGCCCCUGCAGCAGGUGACAAAGGGAGGUACGAUGGAGGAUGCUCUAGCCGCCAAGACCCAGGCAGUGGAGGAGCUGAGUCGAGAGCUGGAAGAAAUCAGGGCUGCCUUUGGCACAGAGGGAGUACAGCAGCUGCAGGACUUUGAGGCUGCUCUAAAGCAGCGAGAUGACAUCAUCACCCAGCUCACAGCUAACCUUCAGCAGGCUCGUGAAGAGAAAGACGAGAUCAUGAAAGAGUUUCUGGAACUGACGGAGCAAAGCCAAAAGCUACAUAUUCAGUUUCAGCAGCUGCAGGCGGGCGAGACGCUGAGGAACACCAGCCACAGCAGCACAGCAGCUGAUCUUCUGCAGGCCAGGCAGCAGCUCAUGCAGUACCAACCGCAGCUGGAGGAGCUCCAGCAGAAGCUCAGUGAGCUGGAGAUGUUGGGGAAAAGAUCAGAAGAAUCAUUCACACAGCAGAUAAACGAAAAGGACCUGCUCAUUGCUGAACAAGAAAAAGUUAUUUUAAGUCAGAAGCAGUCGCUGACAGAGUUAAGAACGGCGGAGGAGUCUUUUGCACAAACACUGAAAGAGAAAAAUCAGUUAAUUUCCGAGCAAACUGCAAUAAUCACAGAACACGAGCUGUCAUUGACCAUGCUCAGAGAGGAACUACUUCAUGUGGGACGGACUACUGAUAAGAAUAUUAUAGCCCCUUCAGAUGAUAAAGAACUGAUUAUAGCAGAGCAAGAGAGAGUCAUUUCAGAACGUGACUGCUCUCUUACCCAGCUCGAGGAUGAGCUGGAGUCCUCUGAAAAACGCUUGCAUGACCUGCAGCAGCGAAUGGCUGCAAAAGAGUCGGAGCUUGAAAGAUGCAUGGAUGAGUUGGAGAUCAGUAAGUCUGACUUAGAAAGCUGUAAAAAGGAAAUAGAGAGUUGUAAAUUAGAGUUGGAGAAAGAGCGAAUGGAAUUAGAAAGCUGUAAGGUUGACCUUGCAACUUCCAGACAGAAAGAGCGAAUGUCGUCUAAUGAAAUCAUGCAGCUCAUGGGCACAGUAGAGGACUUGCAGAAGCGUUAUCACCAGGGCAGCCUGUCUGAGAGCGACACCAUCCAAAAAAUGCAGGAGGAGACUGUGAGGAAGCUUGAACUUCUCAGGGCAGAGCUGGACGAGAUGUACGGCCAGCAAAUAGUCCAGAUGAAGCAGGAGGUUAAUUUGCAGCAUGCAGCAAAAGUGGAGCAAAUGGCUGAGCAACAUCGCGCUGAGCUCGAGCUUCUAAAAGCACAACAACUGUCCCAAAGUUCCAGUGUUAGUGUUGAGGUGGACACACUCAACGCAAAGGUUAGGGAGCUUCAAGAGACAUUAGAGCAAUCCCAAGCAAUGUAUGAUAAAGCCAGACAUGAACUUAGCCAAGUCACCCAAGAGAAGUUCAACCUGCAGACCAAGGUUGAGGAUCUCCUUCAAGAUCUCCAUUCUGCUAAAGAAAAAGUGGAGCAGGUCUCCCACAGUCUCAUCUCUCAGGAAAGCCGACAAGAUGAAUUGCAGCGCCUCCAGGAGACAAUUGACAAUCUGAAAAGUGAGCUGGCUGCUGCUCAGGAAGCGGCACAAGAGGCAGACAUUAAACACGAUUCAGAAAUAACUAAUUACAAGAUCAAGCUGGAGAUGCUGGAGAGGGAGAAAGACGCUGUGCUUGACCGCAUGGCAGAGUCGCAGGAAGCAGAGCUGGAACGACUAAGGACUCAGCUUCUGUUUAGCCAUGAGGAAGAGCUCACGCUUCUUAGGGAAGAGUUGCAAAGGGAGAGCUUCCUAAACACAGAAAAUCUUCUCAAUGAAGCUGCUAUCAAGCAUGAGAAAGCACUGGAUGAGCUGCGCAUCGGUUAUGAAGAAGAGCUGCGUUUGUUACGAAGGGAAAAGGCGAGCUUUGCCACAGAGCGAGAUGAGCUUUUUCACCAAAUUCUUGGGCUAAAAGAAGAUCUUAAGCUCGCUUCGAGCAGCUCCAAGGCAGAUGAGCUUGUCCAGCAGCUUCAGGAGCUUCAGGUAGAGCUUGAGGAACUGAGAAAGGGAGGAGAAGAACGAGCUCGAAUGGAAAACAAAAUUAAGGCGUUACAAAAAGAGACAGAUGUGCUUGAAAACCAGGCAAAAGAGAAAGAACAAAGUUGGGAGAACAAAUGGAAACAGCAGGAACUGGAGAAAGAGACACUGAUAGAAUGUAAUAACUCUUUAAAAGAAGAGUUGGCCUCAAAAAGUGAGAAAAUCAAUCAAAUACAGCAACAAGUAGUUGAGCUCAGUGAGAAAAUUGAAACGCAGAGGACUACUUUCUCUUUCGCGGAGAAGAAUUUCGAGGUAAACUAUCAGGAGCUGAAGGAGGAGUACACAUGUCUUGUUGAGGCAAAGACACAGAUAGAAGAGAGGACACUGAAGGAGACACUUGAGUUUGAGGCAAAAAUUGCCAGCCUUCAGUCACAGAUUCGGGAGCUGGAGGAGAGCAGAGGAGAUAUCAAAAUGGAGGACAUUAAUACAGAUAGACAGCAACAAGCUGUGAUAGAAAAAGAUACCACUGAGCUAAUGGAGAAGCUUAAUGUUACUUUAAGUGAGAAGGAAAGCUUGGCUGGGAGGCUUUCCGAAGUUACAGAGCAACUGAUGUUUACAGAGAGCAAAGUGGGACGGCUGGAAGAAGAGCUGAUGAAAGUGAGACAAGAAAAUGUGAAGGUCAUCGCACAAAGUGAAAGCCUAGGGAAAGAACUGGAAAAGAAGCAAGAGAUUAUGAGCAAGCAGACGAAGGGGCAGGGUGCCCAGAGAAAAGCUAAGCUUCAGCAUGAAGAGCAAGCUGUUGAGCCAGUUUGUUCUUUUGAGGAUCAUCACCUUCAGAUUCAGUCUUUGCAAAAAGAGAUAAACACUCUUCAGUCCCUCUUGCAGGCAGCUGAAUCUGAAAGAGACGGCAUCCGGCAGACCCUGGAGCUCCAGGGGCUUUCACAGACUCCAUCUCCAGCAGCAGUCCAGUCCUCGGGGGAGGGACCUGUUGAGGGACGAUCCUCCCCGCACAAGCCCACAGCUUCAGGGUCAAGCAGGCGCAAGAGACGGCAGAGGUCGAAGCAGGAGCGCAAACUGGGCAUCGCUCUCUCAGACUGCAGAGAAGAAAAACAAAGGGAGGAGGAAGAGGAGGCAGCGGUGGAGGAGGAGAGAGCAACAAGUGCUGCAGAGCAGGAGAUGCAGCCUCAGAUGGAGAGCCAGGUUAUGUCAUGUUCACAAGAGAGGGCCGGUAAGGAGGACUCCACUGACGGGUACCAGGGAGACGAAGCCAGAGACUACAUCAACAAACAGGUGAGCAGACAUGGGACUGGCCACCGCACGGAGUGUCAGGGAGAAGAGGAAGAGGGAGAGACGACUGAGCAUGGUGAGUGCAGGCUGCAGAUGGAGGCUCAGCGCAUCAGCCUGUCUCAGAUCCACACCGCCCAGCUCGAGCUGCUGCAGGAGGAGACGGAUGCUCGCGCAAACGCUCUGGAGCUGAAACUGCAGAACCUGAAAGAUCACAGUGACCAGGAUGAGCCAAAAAUUACUAAAUACCACAACAUGUUACAAGCUGUGUCAGAGGAAUGCAGCGAGAUCAUUCAGCGUUUUCGAAAGACGUUUGGUGAAGAGUUUUUGGAAUGUGAUGCUGGUGGGGGCCCGCUGCCCCCUUCUGUGGAAAGACCAGAAACUAGUGAAUCCACCUCCAUCAUAUUGGAGGCCAGAGAGCUCUACAGAGAUCUUCAGCAGGUGAGGCAGGGGAUUGAGCAGGAACACCAUCGACUGUCACAGCUCCAGGCUCUGCUGAGAGCUGACGGGAACAAGAUGACAGAGCUGCAGGCGGCAUACGAUGAACUGAAGAGCAGGAGUGAGAAGGAGAUCUCUGACCUGCGUGUGCAAGCUGCUAGCUCUGCGAGCAAAGAUCCCGAGGAGCGGGCUGGUGCACCAUCUACCUCCCUGAACAAGGAAUUACAGAGGCUGAAGGCCGAAGAGCAGGAGAAGCAGCUCCAGCUGGAGGAGAGCCACAGACAGGAGAUGGAGCAUCUCCGAGCUCACUACCAGCAGCAGGCGGCGGAGAGUGAGGAGCGAUACGCCACUGAGCUCUUCAUGCUGCAGCAGCGACUGCAGGAGGUCACGGGAACUCAGACCCACUUCAGUGCUGCAGAGUCCAGCUGUGAGACAAUGGAGGAGCAAGGAGACGAACUAAAGGACCUGGGUGAGGAGGAACUGUCAGAGGGAGGUGUGGAGUCGCGCUGGCCCGUCAGGUCUGCAGGCCUGACAGCACAGCUGCAGGCGCUGAGGAAAGCGCUCUACCACAAGUAUGUCCAAGAAGUAGCAGCGCUGAAAGAGCAGCACAACAGGGAGCUGAGGAGACUGACAGAAGAAAAGGAGCAGGAGAGGAAAGCAGAGGAGCGUCAGGAGGAGAGAGGAGAGAAAAAGGAUCUCAACAGUAUUAACGGUGCUGGGAGCUCCAGUGAUAGCCUUGGGGCGACUAGGCAAGUCGUGCUGGAAGACAAACAACACUGGGAGAGAGUGGAAGAGGAAGUUGCCAAGGCCAUAGUUCAGAUGUCCGUGGAGUUUGCACAGCAGAUUGAGCUGGCUCGAAUCAACAAGCGUGCCUGCCAGAGGAGCGCCGCCAUGCAGACCUGGUCAGAUAAAGAGGAGGUGGAGGAGAGGGAGAACGAGGAGCGGGCGAGUCCCGGAGCUCCUCUCACCUCAGGCGCCUGGCUGGAGGAGGUGGAGAAGGAGAGACUGGAGAGGGAGCUGCAGGAGAGGAACGCCGAGAUCAGAAAGUUAAAAGCGGAGCUGCAGAAAUCAGAACCUGAGCAGGCCUUGAAGAAGAGAGAAGACGGUCAAGAAGAAGUUGAGGAAGAGGAAGAUCCAGGCGGGUCAGGAGUAAAGCAGGCUGGUGGAGGCAAACUGUCAUCGCAGGGUGAUGGAGGGUCUUCUGAUAAGGACACUGAAAGAAACAUCUUGCGUAAGGCCAAUGAGAAACUCAGUCAGGUGCUGGUUGAUGUCCUGAAGACUACGGCAGCUGCGGAGGAAACUAUGGGACUUCACAUGCAGAGCUUGCGUGACGCCUCCAGUGGAGGACAGCAGGCUGCACCCGUCAGACCUUACACUGCAGGUCACUCUGCACAAAGCUGCCAGGGCAGUGAGACCACUGCAGAUGAUAUGAGUCAAUGGUCCGGGGGGACGGAGGCUGACGAGGGUCUGGAGGUGUCCCAGCAGAUGAUUGAAAGCCUGCUGCUGGGGGCGGGGACACAACUGGAGAACGAGGAGUAUCUGAUGAGCAUCAGCAGCCGACUCCAAAUGGCUCUGGAGAAGAUGUUAAUGGCCAUCACUGACACCACCAACCAGCUUGAACAUGCCCGGAUAACCCAGACUGAGCUGAUGCGGGAGUCCUUCCGCCACAACCAGGAGAUGAGCGAGCUGCUGCAGAAGCAGGAGGAGCUGCAGGAGAGGCUGUCCGAGGAGGCCCGGGCACGCGAGCAGCUGGCUCUGGAACUUCACCGCGCUGAGGGUCUGAUUGAUGGCUACACGGACGAACGGGCUGCGUUGGAGGAGCAAUUGCGUCAGAAGGAAGAGCUCCAGCUGAGCCUCGAGCAGGAGCUGCAGGUGACAGGUAGCCGGCUGCACGAGUUGGAGCAGGAGAGGCUUCAGAUGCAGGAGGAGCGUGAGCUGCUGUCACGGCAACAAGACGCCAUGAGGGAGCAUGCAGGGCCCCGCGAGCUUCGCCUAGUUGAAGCUGCAAUGGUUGCAGCACCUGAAGCAGACCUGCUAGAGGAGACGGAGAAGCUGAUGAAAGAGAAGGUGGAGGUCCAGCGUCAGGCAGAGAAGGAGAAUGCCGACCUCCUGAAGCAGGUGAAGCUGCUGGAGGUGGAGCUGGAGGAGCAGGUCAACAGGGUGGUCGAGUUGGAGCACGCUCAGAGCACAGAGAGCGGAGACCUCCGACAGCAGGUCCAAGCACUGGAGAAACAGCUGGAGAAGAACAGGAGGUUCCUCGAUGAACAAGCUGUGGACCGAGAACACGAGCGAGAUUUCUUCCAGCAGGAGAUCCAAAAACUGGAACAACAGCUGAAGAAUCCACAGAAGCUACAGGCUGGCUCUGAGCAAAGAAACCAAGAGGUGGACCAGCUGACCUCCCAGCUGAAGGAGAAGGCGGAUUGGUGCAGUGAGCUGCUGCUCAGCUCAGAGCAGCUGCGUCGUGAGUUGGGAGAGCGCGACGAAGAGAUUGACAAGCUGGAGAGCCGCAUCCGCGAGCUGGAGCAGGCCCUGCUGGCCAGCGCUGAGUCCCUGGAGAAGGUUGAACAAAAGAAGCAGCAUGCAUCCAUCACAGAGGCAAAACAUUCCACACUGGAGGCUCAGUUACAGACGGAGAGAGAAGCUCUGGAGAGGAAAGAGAAAGAGAUCUGUAACCUGGAGGAGCAGCUGGAGCAGUUUAGAGAGGAGCUGGAGAACAAGAGCGAGGAGGUGCAGCAGCUUCACAUGCAGCUGGAGAUCCAGAGGAAGGAGAUCAGCAGCCAGCAGCACUACCUAGAAACCAGGGACAGCAUGCUCCAGGUGAUGGAGGAGAAGGACAGGGAAAUAGCACUUCUUAAUGAACAGAUCACUAAGCUUCAACACACGGAAACAACCUCUGAUAACAAGGAAAUUGAUGAGAAGGAUGAGCUGAUGAAAGACCUGGAGUCCCAGGUGGAGUGCCUGCGGAGCGAACAAGAACGCUUGAAGAGGAAUAAUGAAGAGGAGCUCGACCAACUGAAUGCAGUCAUAGACAGACUUCAGCAGGAGCUGGCCAGUAUCGAGUCUAAGCAGACUACAGAGGAAGAGGAGGACACCAAGGUGGAGCCAGAGAGCACUGCGUGGAGGCCAAGUAAAGAGGAGUACGAUGAAAUGAAGCAGAGAAUGGACCAGGCCACCAAAGAUGUCGAUACACUUAAAACAGAGCACAGCAAGCUGUUAGAGACGUACCUGCAUUUGAAAGAGAGCGCAGAAGCUUUAGCUGAGACAGAAAAACUGGAGAGCUCUGAGGGAGAACUUGAAGAAGCUCUCAGACAGAAAACUGCAAGCUUUGUGGUCAUGCAGGCUCAAGUGCAAGCUUUAGAGCAGAGCGCAACAACCAGAGUUGAAGAGUUGGACCUCCGCAUCCAGGAGCUCGAGGAUGUGGUUGAUGAAAAGGACCGUGAGUUGAGCAACUGUCGCCACCUUCUGGAGCAAACACAAAGCUAUGCAGAUGGUCUCCAACAGAGGGUCUCGAAUCUGGAGGAAACUCUGAGGGAUAAACUGGCUGCAGCGCUCGUCAGCCAGGCCACACUGGAGGCCUUCCAGCAACAGCAGUCACAAGGAUCCAAAGAAAACCAGGAUCAGCAGAGACAUGCUGAAACACAUGUGGAGCCACAUGUCUAUGACUUUGGUGAUUUUGAUAUUCCCCAAAUGGAUUUCAGUGGAAUUGGUCAAGCGAGACAAACUCCCACAGGGAAGGUGGUCCACCUGACCCAGAGGCUGCGGGAGCUGGAGGUGGGACUCAGCGGGAUGCAGAAGGACCAGGAGCUCCAGAAGCAGCUGCUCUCCAGCUCUGAGGAGGAGGUGAUGGAGUACGAGAGGAGGCUGGCUGUGCUCAUGGAUCUCCUCAGUCAGAUGAAGGCCAGGACACACCAGAGGUCAUCGCCGGCUGUGGGGCAGGCGUCCUCUGCUGAGGAGCAGCCAGCUGAUGCGUCAGAGCUCCUUCAGGAGUUGCAGGAGGUCAGAGACAAGGCCUCAGCCACCAAAGAGCAGCUCAAGAGCUACAAACAGAGCUGCAGCAGACUCCAGGAGGAGCUCCAAGACAAAGCUGUGACAAUAGACAGACUACAGGACCAGCUUCAAAAGGUAUCAUCUGGAGGCCAAGAGGAGACCAAGGUGUCAGACCUUCAACAGGAGUUAAUAGAGGUUCAGAGUGAAGCAGCUGCCACCAAAGAGGAGCUGAACAGCUGCAAGGAGAGCUUGGAUAAGUUGCAGGAGCUGCUGCAGGAGCGGGAAAUGACCAUCGCUCACCUAAAAGGAGAACUUUUUAAAGUUCAAGCCGAUGAAGACCAAGCUAACAUGUCAGAGCUUCUGCAGGAGCUCCAGCAGGUCAAAAACGAUUCGGCCUCCACCAAAGACGAGCUCAACAGCUACAGGCAGCGUAAUGAGAAGCUUCAGGAGGACGUCCAAGUCCGCGAAGUUUCCAUUUCUAAGCUCAAAGAGGAGCUCCAGGGGAUGAGAACAAAUGUGGACACCACCAAAGAAGAACUCAACAGCUACAGGCAGCACAACGAGAAGCUGCAGAGCGAACUCCACGUCCGUGAAGUUUCCAUUUCGAAGCUCAAAGAGGAGCUCCAGGAGGUACGAACAGCCUUGAUGAAGACAGCAGAUUCUGGUCCUACAUCUCCUUCUCCUUCUCCAUCUCCCUCUCCAUCUCCCCAGCCUGUCUCCUCUGCUUCUUCCUCCUCCACCACCCAGCCUAAAAGGAAAGGAGGCAAACAGCCGGCUGGUAAGGGAAGCAGUGCCAAAGAUAAACCAUCUCUCUCUAGGAAAAACUCUGCCACUUCCAGCCAGUCCUCCAACAAAUCCCACAGCGCGCGGCUAAACAGCACCUCUGAGCAGCAACACGUGGCAGUAACGCACUCGUUCACGCAGACAGAACCUCUCCAAAUGUCCAACCUCAGCCAGGAAAGCGAGUCUGCAUCCAAAGAGGAGAUGGAGGAGGUGAUCGGAGAGUUCCAGGAGAAGAUUGUACAAAUGCAGGAGCUCCAUGCGGCAGAGAUCCUGGACAUGGAGGCGCGGCAUAUAACAGAGAGCGAGAGCCUUCGCAGGGACACACAGGCUCUGGAGGACGAGUGUAAGGCCCUCAAGGCUGUCAUCGACAAGCUGCGCUCCACAGAGGCCCCUUCAUUAAGACAAGACCGUCCGGCAUCACAGUUCAAAGAUGGCUACACAAGUGACAGCAGCUCAGACUACAGUCAGCGGACUGGAUUUGACUUCCCGAGCUUGCAGCAGGAGUUUAGGACGACUCCAGAGGGUGCCAGGAGAGAUACUGAUGAUCCACUGCCUGACCGGAUCAAGACGCUGCUCAGGGAGGUGCACCAGGAGGGCAUGCAGGUGCUCUCUCUGUCAGAGCUCCCUCUUACAGAAGGCGAGCCAGGCACCCAGUUCAACAUCCCAGGCUGGUUGAAGGAAAGAGAUGCCUUACUGGCAACUGUGGAGUCUCUUAAAGGCCUCAUCAGCCAGAUGCAGACACACAGAGAAACACAGACAUCAGGCGGCGUUGACUGGCGUGGGGAUCUGCUGGAUGCAGUGCGGCAGGUGUUUAUGAGGGAACGCAGUGUGCUGAAGAGCGCCCUUUACAGUCAGUUGGAUCUGCUAGAAACCAGUGAUGCCAUCAUACACCUCAAUCAGCUGGAGCACAAACUAGCUGAACAGGACGCCCAGCACAGAGAGGCGAUGAGCUCGCUCCAUACUGCAGAAAGGUCCAGUCUCAUCUCUGAGAUUCAUCAGCUCCGUGGUCAACUAGAGAAAAUUCAUCAAGGUUCUCAGCCUGCUGCGUCUUUAGGUGUUGAACACAGUGUGAGGCAGCAGAGGGAGGGAGGAGGAGCUGAUGGAGCAGCAGAGGCCGACCGGCUGUUGGUGGAGGAACUGAAGGGUGAACUGUCGCAGACUAAACUGGAGCUAGAGACGACGCUCAAGGCUCAGCACAAACACCUCAAAGAGCUGGACACACUCAGGGCAGAAGUAUCACAGAAGGCUGCUGAGGUGGACGCACUGAACGACCAGCUGACAGAGGAGAAAAAGAGAAGCAGAGAUCUUCAGUGGGCCAUGGAGAAGGAGAAGUGUCGAACUGGGAGAAACGAGGAGAGUAAACGAGAAGAACUGGAGGAUCUGAACCUCACUCUGGAGGACCAGAAGAGCCGCGUGGCCCAGCUGACACAGACCCUGGAACAAGAGCGCCAGGCCUCCUCUCAGCUCUCUCAGCAGGCCGAACAGGAGCGCCUCAGCCUCCACAGACGCCUCCAGGAGCUCCAGGUCCAGCUGGAGACAGAGCAAGCUAAGACCCUGGAGAUGACCACCGCGCUGGGGAGGGAGAGAGAGCUGCGGAUGGGUGCGUCCUCAGACGGAGGUCCGUCAAGUGAGCAGCGGGUGGAGGAGGAUAGGAGGGGGCUGGAGGAGGAAGGGAGUCUGCUGGAAAGACUGCAGAGGGAGCUGGAUGACAAACAUGCACAGGUCGUGCUUCUCCUCAGCCAGGUGGAGGCCCAGAAGCUCGAGGUGGUACGAAAAGAGGAGGAGCUGACUUUGGGGAGUCAGAGAUCAAGACGUGACCAGGAGGUGCUGCUGGAGGCUCGGGCCCAGCUGGAGAGGCUGGAAGCACAAAUGUCUGAGGCGCAGGAGCAGCUGGAGAGAGAGAUGGAGAGGAGGAAGAGCCUAGAAAAGGAGAAGGAGAGACUGGAGGAGAGGUUGCACCAGUUAGAGCAGAGAGGAGGGAGGGAGGGGAGCGGACCUCUGCAGGCUGAUGGCCACGCUCAGGCCAUCUGGCACAGCGAGUCCACUGACCGCACCAAAGACUGGGUGUUCCAGCAGAAGAGUGGAAAUGUACAGUCAGCAAGCUCCACCUCAUCGCCCCACGUGGAGGUCUCUCCAACAGGUCACACUAGUGGGCCACACCAUGGUCCAUGGCGCACAGUUGACAAGAUUCUGGGCAGACUCCGCCUCAUUUCGUCCAAGGUCCGAGGCAUGGCGAACAAGACUACUGGCAGGCUGACUGCAGAGGUCGACAGUGAAGAGCUAUCCUGGGUGCAGUCCAAUGUUGACGAGGUCAUCAUGAUGCUGCAGCAGUCCCCAGGUCUACCCUCCGUCCCCGAGAGUGUGUCCCUGCUGGCAGGAGGCUCCUCCAGCUCCUCCAACAACCUGACGGAGCGACUGCUGAGACAGAACGCCGAGCUGACAGGUUUCGUCAGCCGUCUGACCGAGGAGAAGAACGAUCUGAGGAACCACACGCUCCGUUUGGAAGAGGAGCUCCGACGCUACCGGCAGGCUGGACCGGGAUCAGGUGACAGUUUCAGCAGCAGGAGAGGAGUGUCCAAGACGGAUUCGGCAGGUAUGAUACUCUCCCAGGAGCGGGAGGCUUGGACGAGAGAGAAGCUCCGCCUGGAGAAAGCUUUACUCUUGGCCCAGGCCCAGGUGGCCCGACUCCGGGGGGAGAUCAGGACCGACACCCUGCGAGAGAUAACGGGACCUGAGGCUGACAAUGCUGCACUGAAGAGGAUGUACGGAAAGUACUUGAGGUCAGAAAGCUUCCGCAAAGCGCUGAUCUACCAGAAGAAGUAUCUGCUGUUACUGCUGGGCGGCUUCCAGGAGUGUGAGGAAGCCACGCUGUCGCUCCUCUCCAGGAUGGGCAGCCGGCCAUCUCUCCCCAGCAUGGAGUCCCUCAGCCAGCGCCGCCGGGGGCUGAUGCGCUUCCGAUCUGCCGUCCGAGUCUCAAUCGCCCUCUCCAGAAUGCGUUUCCUAGUGAAGCGAUGGCACAAGGCGACGGGGAUGAGCUCCACAAACUCCUGCAGCGUCAACAAGAAUGGAGCAGGACAGAUGUUAGGUACAGAUGUGAGAGACUCACCGUAUCUUCACCCGGGCAGCGUAGAGAUGUACAGAGAAAGAGGAAGCGGAGGAGGAGGGGUCUCCGGCGGCAGGGGUCGAAGUGGACGUGAAUCCCCGAGAUCAGCUGUCUCCUCCACACAACACAGGUUUCACAUCGCCGGAGACCACGGAGCUCUCACCUGUUCACACCUGCAGAACUACGACCCCGACCGAGCGCUCACUGACUACAUCUCCAGACUGGAGGCACUGCAGAGGAGGCUGGGGAGUGUGACUUCAGGUGUUUCUUCAUAUGCUCAAUUGCACUUUGGCUUGAGAAGAUAGACGCUGUCAAGUAACUUUGGCUUGAAGAAACUCAGUUGCCUUUUCUCGUGCUGAGCGCUCUGCUGUUUUCUAUCAUUCUGGUGUGGACUGUAUCUCUCCAUGUGGACCAAAACACAUUUUUUUAAUAGCGUACGACAUGUUGUAUCCAGGCUUUUUGUCGCCAGCACUUGAAAAACAGCUAUGUUUGUAAAUGAAUCUGCCUCUUUGUUGUGGAUGAACUACAAUCAUGUAUAUUUGUCUAAUGCUAAUUUAAGACCUUGUGAUUAAUUUAUAUGUUUGCGUUGAAUGGGUGGAGCGUUAUGUAGAGAGUGUUUGGGUUUAUUGUUAAGGAGGCUGCUGCUGGAUAUUCUACACUACACUGUGUUUUGUUUAGGCCAGACAGACUACAGAGGACAUUUGUAGAGAACGUAUUUUUGUAAAACGUAGGAGCUUUGAAUUUUCUGGGUAUUUUGUCAAAAACUGAAAUAAAGAGGACUACAUUAUUUGAAA